UGCGCAGUGCGCGCUCCCCCAAUGAAAAGUGAGCUAGUGGCGGUGAGGAAAGAAUCGGGACGGGACGACCAUGGAGGAGAACACUGGGUAUCUUCACCCAAAUUCCAAACACUUUUAAUCACUUUUGCCAACCGUGGAGCCUAAAUGUGUUUGUUUUAGUAGUUUGUUGUUAUGUGCGGCGGGUGGGAAAGUCGUACAUCUCCCAAUUUGGAGCCCGAGGUUGGUCUGGAAAAGUUAGCCAAAUUAGCUCGCCUCGGCUAAAUUAGCCCGCCUCGGCUAGCGAGUCCAGGACAAAAACAGGCCCGCGGGGAAACGAGCGAGGCGGCGAAGAGUGACUAGGAAUGUCGCCCCCCGGGAUUCAGAAGUUCACCUACGGAUGAGAAGGACACUCGGGAAGGCAGACGAGAACUUGCGAGCCAGACGACCGCUGCCAUGUUGGGGUGGCUGCUGCUGCUCGGCUCCGGCGGCCCGUCCGAGCGUUGGCCGCAGUCGGCGGUGCCGCGGCGGCCGCUGGAGGGCUUCUUCGUCGGGCUGCUGCUGAUGCUCGAAGGGGCCCUCGGCCUUGGUGUUUCAGCUUCGGGGCUUGACCACGACAACGGCGGCAACAACCGCAGCGUCAACAUUUACAUGAGUGUGGACGAGCUCAACAGAUUAUUGGGUCUGGACGCAGAGCUUUAUUACGUGCGCGACGACGUGGUGAACGUCAACGCCAUGUCGUUCACGAUGCCCGUGCCCAGCGAGACCGACAGCUUACACUUCACCUGGCACGCCAAGUCCAAGGUGGACUACCGCUUAGGUUUCCACGUGGAGAACCCCACCACCAUGAACGUCCCUCAGAGCAACAUCUCCAGUCAAGGGGAGCUUCCCCGCUUUCCCUCCGUUUUUCGAGUGGACCUUUUCUGCUCGGGCAAAGCGGACGGCGAAGCCGUCGUGACGGUGCAGCUCAACGUGACCCUGCGGGCCGACAACUACACAGUGCUCAACUUCAAGCGGAGGAAAAUGUGCUACAAAAGAAUAGAUUCCGACCCAAAGAUUCCGUUUCCUUUCACCAACCACACCCUUCACACGCUUCAGCAGCCCGACUUUGACGGCGUGACUGCCCCCACCACCUCCACUCAGGUCUUCUACAUCAGCGUGAGCGUGUGCUGCAUCGUCAUCUUCCUGGUGGCCAUCAUCCUGGCCAUCCUGCACCUGCACAGCAUGAAGCGGGUGGAGAUGGAGGACAGUGUGAGUGACAGUGGAAGCUCACAGGGACUUUCUCAGCCUUCCACGCAGACCACGCAAUACCUACGGGCCGACACGCCCAACAACGCUGCACCCGUGUCUAACAACCACCCCAGUUCCGCACCCAUUCUCCAGCUUGCAGCCUCCUCCUUCCAAAACACCGGUGCCCCCCCUCACGAAACCAAAAGCUUCCCAUCACUCCGCAUCGAGAAAAACGACCUGAGGAGCGUGACUCUCAUGGAGGCCAAGGCCAAAGUCAAAGAUAUCGCCAUCUCGCGAGAGAGGGUCACACUGCGGGAUGUCCUGCACGAAGGCACCUUUGGCCGCAUCUUCCACGGCGUGCUGCUGGACGAAAAGGACCCUGCCAAGGAAAGGCCGGUCUUUGUCAAGACCGUGAAAGAGCACGCGUCGGAGGUCCAGGUGACCAUGAUGUUGACCGAGAGCUGCAAGCUUCGCGGCCUUCAUCACAGAAACUUGCUACCCAUCAGCCACGUCUGCACGGAGGACGGCGAGAAACCAAUGGUGCUGCUGCCAUUCAUGGCCUGGGGGAACUUGAAGCUUUUCCUGCGCCAAUGCAAGCUAGCAGAGGCUAACAACCCACAGGCCAUCUCCCAGCAAGACCUGGUCUACAUGGCCAUCCAGAUAGCGUGCGGCAUGAGCUACCUAGCCCGCCGCGAGGUCAUCCACAAAGACCUCGCCGCCAGGAACUGCGUCAUCGAUGACAACAUGCAGGUGAAGAUCACGGACAACGCCCUGGCCCGCGAUCUGUUCCCCAUGGACUACCACUGCCUGGGCGACAACGAGAACCGGCCCGUGCGCUGGAUGGCGCUGGAGAGCUUGCUCGACAACGACUUCUCCAGUGCCAGCGACGUGUGGGCUUUCGGCGUGACGCUGUGGGAGCUAAUGACUCUGGGCCAGACGCCGUACGUCGACAUUGACCCCUUUGAGAUGUCGGCCUACCUGAAGGACGGCUACAGGAUAGCGCAGCCAAUCAACUGUCCCGACGAACUGUUCGCUGUCAUGGCGUGCUGCUGGGCUCUGGACCCUGAGGAGAGACCCAAAUUUCAGCAGUUGGUCCAGUGCCUCACAGAAUUUCACGCCGCUUUGGGGGCUUACGUGUAAAAAGCCUUUCACGUCCUCUUUGUGCCUUAUCAAAAAAAUGGAGGCUGAUGACUUUGUCCAUUUUUGUACAGGUUUUAUUUUUUUAUAUAGCCUUUUACAGCAUAGCAAGUAUUUUUCCCUCGGAUGUUUUUCCACUUGAGGACUUUCCCUUUUGGGAAUUUUUCCCACCGACAUUCACGUGCCGUGUUUUAAAGGCGUUGGCGUGUAUAUCAUGUACGGCCAACGAGCGCGGUACGACAGUUUUCUCGGGGUGCCGCUUUGCGUAUUACGUCAUCGUUCACUUGUUAUAGUCCAACAAUAUACGUUAGUUAUAUAUACACCGAUGACAGGAUUCAUUGAUGUUCACAAAUUUGUCCGCAUUGCUGUAAACAUUCAACAUAUUUUGAUUUUUUUUUCUUUUUUUUUGAGGGGGCGGGGCGUAUUUUGGGGCGUUUCCCCCCCCAAUCACUGCAUGUCGGAUGGUGCUUGAAUGAACGAAUGACAUUCACUAUUAAAUGUUAUUUCCUUGCUGUUUCUCCCCCCCCACCUUUUAAUUAAAACAUCAAAAUUGA